AUAAAUAUCUUAUACUAAUAUAAUCCGUAUUAUUUUUAUUUAAUUUGAUGUCAAAAUUUAUUAAUUUUGACUUGAAAAAAACAAAAAAUUACAAAUACUAAGGUCGACAGAGAGACUGUAUCUCUGUGAUUAAAACGGAAGAAAACCCUUCUAAUCACACAACCAUGAGAAAUAGGGCAGCCACCGGCGUCGACACGGCGGUUGUCGAUCUCUGGAAACGAGAGGUCGGACAUCUCUCCCCCAGAAACUUUUCUCUCCGUCUCGCCGCCCCAGAGGACCUUGUGAGGCGUCUUGAGAUAUUCCGCAAACUAGAAAAACAUAGUGGCUGUGUGAAUACAGUAAGCUUCAAUCAUGAUGGUGACAUCCUUGUAUCAGGAUCUGAUGAUACGAGGCUUAUACUUUGGGACUGGCAAAGUGGCAAAGUUAAACUCGAACUUCAUUCGGGACACAAUAAUAAUAUCUUUCAGGCCAAGUUCAUGCCGUACACUGAUGAUCAAUGUAUUGUUACCUCUGCUGCUGAUGGACAGAUAAGAUGCACUCAUAUUCUACCACAUGGGAAAGCCGAGACAAAAUUACUGGCAAAGCAUCUAGGUGAGGUUCACAAGUUGGCCAUUGAGCCGGGAAGCCCUCACAUUUUCUACAGCUGUGGUGAAGAUGGACUCGUUCAACGUAUUGAUCUGAGAACAGGAGCCGCCACAAGACUUCUUACUUGCCAACCUCUCGGACACAGGAGUUACAUGUCUUUUAUUCAGCUGAAUGCAAUUGCAAUAGAUCCAAGAAACUCUAACCUAUUUGCAGUUGCUGGAUCCGAUGUAUAUGCCAGGCUUUUUGAUCUCCGCAAUUGUAAGUUUAACAACUCACGUAAAUUUGGUCAACCCGUUGACUUCUUUUGUCCUUCUCACUUAGUUGGUGGUGGAAAUGUGAGCAUAACUGGCUUGGCUUUUUCGGAUCAAAGCGAGCUUCUUGUUUCAUAUAAUGACGAGUUAAUCUAUCUUUUCUCAAAAAAUAUGGGUCUUGGACCCACUCCACCCCAAAGUUCCCCGCUUUCCAGUCAAGAUGAUGCUAGUGAGAGGCCCCAAGCCUACACGGGACACCAGAACUCUGAAACAGUGAAGGGUGUUAGCUUCUUUGGUCCUAAAUGUGAAUAUGUUGUCAGUGGGUCGGAUUGUGGUCGGAUUUUCAUAUGGAAGAAAAAGGACGGGGAACUUGUCAAUCUUUUGGAAGGAGAUAGACAUGUUGUAAAUUGCAUUGUAUCUCAUCCUCACACGUCAGUUCUUGCCAGCAGUGGUAUUGAGACUGACAUAAAAAUAUGGACCCCGAAAGCGACUGAGAAGAGAGAGUUGCCUAUAAACGUCUCAAAGGUUUCCACGUCCCGUCCAAUCCAUCUAUUUGGCUUUGAGAGUCUUGAAGAUGACAGUGAUGGUGAAUACUUUUAUGACGACGACGAAGAAUAUGGUUAUGAGGUGGAUGAAGAGUGUGAUGAAGAAGAUAUCUUUACUGAUCUAGUGGAUGAAGAUGAUAGUGCAAGUGCUGCUGGAGAGGAUGCAAAUGAUGAUGAUGAUGAUAUGGCUAGUGAUGAAGUGGAUGCUGAGGCAGAUGAAGAAGAAGAGGAUUGCUUUUGUGACCCUGUUGACCUUUCCAACACCCAUGAUAUGGGGGACAAUGAAGACUUGGAUGAUAAUGAUGAUGACAAUUGUGAAGAAGAAGUUGAUGAAACAUUGCUGGAUGGUGGGUUUGUAAUGAGGCCAUUCUCAAAGUGAUUACUAUCCUUUUUUUUUUUUUGUGAGUUUGGCUCAAGAUUUGUCCUAGUUGGGGAGAGGAGCCCUUAUUUUAGCGGACACACAAAGGAAGGACGGUAAUAGGCACAAUAAUAUACAUGGUGAAACCCUGUACAUUUUUAAACUACAUAAUACUCCGUAUGUAUUUUGCCCUGAUUUUUACUACUCUCUGUAGUAAAUUGAAUGAGGCUAA